UGUCAAACAUGGAGGACGACGCUGAGGAAAUGUGUGAACUUCGUAAUAUGAAAAACAGACAGUAUCGUCAUGCACGUGAAUGUGAAGAAGAUUCUGAUUCAGAAAAAGGGAAUGAACAUUUUUCCGUUGAUAAACAGGACUCAGACAUGGCGUCUGUCAUGGGAUUCGCGAGUUUUGGAAAGAAAGCUCGAACAUUUGACUUUGAAGCACUAUUUGAACAAACUAGAAGAGCUGCAAAAGAAAAAUUUGAGAAGAAACAUUUAACGGAUGAAGGAAAAUCUAUUAAUGCGCAUUGUGGUAAAUCGUUUUCAGAUGAAAGUACUGCAAAAACUAGUACUAAUAUCUCAUCUUCAUCUGAUGACGAUUCUUCUGAAUCCGAUAGUGAAUUAAUUGGACCCCCGGUACCAAAGAGUUUAGAGGAAGAUUCGGCGAAGAGUAGAAUAUCCGCAGCCGAAGUUGACCAAGAUUUUGAAAAUGACGAAGAAUCUUUGGUGAUGUUGAAUGAGAGAUAUAAAACUAUUCCUGCUAGCCAUGAAGUACAUUUGGAGCAUGGUGAUAAAACUGUUUCUGCACUAAGCUUAGAUCCCAAUGGAGCUCGUUUAGUUACUGGUGGUUAUGAUUUUGAUGUUAAAUUUUGGGAUUUUGCUGGAAUGGAUGUAUCUUUGCAGUCAUUUAGGAGUUUGAGACCUUGCGAAUGUCAUCAAAUUAAAAAUCUUGAAUAUAGUGUUACGGGGGAUGCUAUACUAGUGAUUGCUGGAAAUUCACAAGCAAAAAUACUUGACAGAGAUGGAUUUGAACUUAUGGAAUGCCCUAAAGGUGAUCAGUAUAUUUCUGAUAUGGCCAAAACAAAAGGACAUUGUGCUAUGUUAAAUGACGGUUGUUGGCAUCCACGUACCAAAGAAGAAUUUCUCACUUGUUCAAAUGAUGGAAGCGUACGGAUUUGGUUGAUGGAUGAGAAAGCACAACAACAGAAUGUGAUAAAGCCAAGACAGCAAGGUGGUUUGCGUGCCUUACCUAUAUCUUGUCGAUACAGUCGAGAUGGACUUCUUGUAGCAGCUGCUUGUCAAGAUGGCUCUAUUCAAAUGUGGGACCACAGAAAGCAUUUUGUAAAUACUUGUCUUUUGGUUCGAAAUGCUCACGACAGGGGUACCGACACAUCAUCUUUGGCAUUUUCGUAUGAUAACCAUUAUCUUGCUUCGAGAGGUUGUGAUGAUACGUUAAAAUUGUGGGAUUUGAGAAAUUUCAAACAGCCUAUAAAUGUGGCUGGAAAUCUGUUUAAUAGAUAUCCAAUGACUGAUUGCAAUUUUAGUCCUGACGACAGUUAUGUUUUUACAGGUGUAUCCUUAGAAAAGCAUGAAAAGGUUGGAAAAUUAGUAUUUUUUCAUAAAAAUACUUUCCAAAUUGCAUAUGAGCUAGAUGUAGGGGAUUCAGAUGUAGUAAGAAGCUUGUGGCAUCCAAAAUUGAACCAAAUUCUUGCAAGCACAAAAAAGGGUAUUGUGAAAGUAUACUAUAAUCCAGAACUCAGUGAACGUGGUGCUAAAUUGUGUGUUGUAAAAAGCAAGAGAAAAGUCAAAAAUGCUGAAAUGAUAUGUGAACAGCAAAUCAUAACUCCUCACGCUCUACCCAUGUUCAGAGUUGAUAAGCCAAGGAGUACUAAAAAACAAAUGGAAAAAGACAGGAAAGAUCCUGUUAAAUCUCAAAGACCAGAUCUUCCAGUUACGGGCCCGGGCCAAGGUGGCCGUAUAGCUUCAGCUGGUAAUACAUUAUCUUCUUUCAUCGUACGAAAUUUGGGGCUAAAGAAGAAGGUGGAUGAUACGUUAGAUCCUCGAGAGGCUAUUUUAAAAUAUGCUAAAGAAGCAGAAGAGAAUCCAUAUUGGGUGACACCAGCAUAUUCUAAGACUCAACCAAAACCUAUUUUUGUUACAGAUGAAAAAAGUGAUGAACCACCGAGCAAACAAAUGAAAAUGUAAACUUAAAAUGAGCCGAAAUAUUCCGUUUGCUGAAAAAUACAUACAAGCAUAGUUGACAUAUUCUAAGAAUUAAGCUAAAACUUUAGAAGAGAAAUAAAAAUUGAUAAAUGUUAGCAAAAGAAAAACUGAAGAUAUUUUUGUUAGUUUUUAUAAAUAAUAAUUGAUUCUGCUUACAAUAAAAAUGUUAUUUUAUGAAAAA